AUGGUGAUAAACCUUAUUUUAGCGCUCUUAUUUGCCGCUACUUUUCAAAUGCUAGCAGUUGCAAAGAACUUUAGCAUUGAAUUCAGAACUGACUGGUGCAAAAAAUCUUCAAUCUACUAAAAGCUUGAUACUAUAUAUUAGGAAUCAUAAUAAGAAUAUUCAAGGGUUAUUCAGGAUAUCUAAUAGCUUUAGCUUCUUUUAAAUAAUAAAGGAUAGCUAUUACCUAAUGAUAAUAUUAUCGCAUAAUUGGAAUAUGUACACCAAAUAGAAAGAUAAGAAGCUUAAAGAUAUGCAGUCGACUAGUAUACUAACAUUUUAAUGUGGAAGAAGGCUAUAAAUACUUAGCAAAACUUAGUAUCUCGUGUUAUAGUCUAUGAUUUGGAUGGACAUAGAUAUCAAGUUGAUUUAAGCUAAUAGAAUAAAAAAAGUUUGAUUAUGUAAUAGGAGCUUAAUCUAAAAAAGGAUAAGAUCUAUUAUAAAAAUCUAACCAGUACAGAGAUCUUAUUUGUUUACUUGGACAUUCAAAUGUGUUUAAGAAAACCGGAUAUAUGUUAGGAGAUACUUAAUUAAUUGAGUACAUAAAAUAUUGUCGUCAGGUAUAAAUUUUCAGAAUGUGAUUAGACUAAUUAAGAAUAUACUCCCAAGGAGAUGCUCACAGGAAUAGGAUUAAAAAUCAUGGUAUCUGAUUACUACUUUCAUGUUGCUAAUAAUCCAGAAUAUUUAAAAAGAUGGCUGCUAAGAACAAAAGAUUUUGAUACUUUCGUGGAUAUUUUGUAAAACCAUAAUAAAGUGAGUAAUAAGGGUUAGCUAGAAGUGUUUGAAGGUGAAAAUCCUCAGUUGCAAUGGGAUAUUUAAUAGUCACUUUCAAGAUAGCAAUUCAUUAUAAUUGGAUACAAAUUGAUCAGAUUAGACUAAUCAACUUCAGAUCCUCAUUAUCUUGAUAAAGAAAUCAGGACAGCUUACAAUAAUACUUUGAGAUUGAGGGAACUCACCUCAGAUCCUCAAGCCUUAUUCUAAAAUAUUAUUCGGUACAAAUUUUCGAAUAAGCUUACUUAAUAUCAUCCUUCUAAUAGGCUAUUAAAAGACAUUGAGAAAUUUAUGAUAAAUAGAGACCCUAAUGAUUUAGAAAAGAUUAAUGAAUUUUUAUUGAUAGUAGAAUAAUAGGGCCAUAUAAAAGAAUUUGAAAGCAUGAGAAUUAGUCUAUCACAAUAGAAGUCCUAUUAAAUAGGAUUAUACAAUAUUGGCCAUUGCUUAACUUCCAAUAUUUAAGAUAAUUAAAUUGAAUAAGAUAAUUAAAAUAGUAUAAAUGAGUGUCCAAAACUAUCUCGAGAGAAUGAUGUCAAAAAUGCUUAUUAGAGAAAAUAAUAGCUUUGCUUUAAGCAUGGAUUAUGCUCAUUUCCAUUCUUAUAUGUAAAUGGUUUCAUCAUAGACUAUGCUAUAUCUCAAAAUGCUAUUAAAAAUCCUAAAACAUACCUUUAAGAAAUUUUAAAACUAACAUAAAAAAGGUAAAUCAUACAAAAUUAGGAAAAAUAAGACAAAAUAACAAAGCUUAAACAUUUUAUCCCUCUAGUAGAUAAUCAUAUCUCAAUCAGGAAUGAAAUAACUGUAAUUAGACCUGCAGGCAAAAACUAUUACAAUGACCUUUAAAUUAACUCUGAUUCAAAUGUAUUAAUAUAGUAUUUGACCCAGGAUGAUUAAGUAUCUCAGAGAUUUUAAAAUGUUAUUACAAGUUACAAUCAGUUAGAUUACUUACAAGCGGUUGCAGUAAGAAUCAAUGGUUUAAAUGAUUUCGAAUUAAAAGGGUCUAUACCUUUAGGAAAGUAGAUUUAUGUCUUCCUAAAUGGUCUUUUGCUUAACUCUAUCGAUGAUGAUAGUAUUGAUGAAUUCAAAAUAUUUGACUACAUUAGGAUAGAGAACGCUAAAAUCAACAAAGUUUUGAAGAAUAUGGGAAGAAAAGUAAAGGGAAGCAUUUGCUAGUUAAUGACUGAGAUUAACUUUAUGAAUAUACUUUAAGAAAAUGAUGAGUAGUUAUUGUCAGAAUAUGAUAGACUUAAAGGUUAACCAUUCUAGCACUAAUUCAUCAAUAGUGAAACAGAUGAAAAUCCUAUAAAUAUCUAUGCAAAAUUAAGUUUCCUUUCUCUAGAGUCAGUUGCAUUUAUAACCUAUAUUCAUCAAAGCAGGCAUAUGUAUAACUUCUAACUUGAUUUACACGCCCUUUACUAAAACUUCGAUUUCAGAAAAAUGAGCGACUAUCCAUACCACAAUUAUCACCUAAUAAUCAACGAACCCUUAAAGCAAGUUAUAAAGAUUAAAGAUAUAGAAUCUCCUUAUCCGUAAUUGCAGUUCCACUUAUAGCAGACUUAAGGUGUAAACUUCAUAGUGGAUGAGUUAUCUCACUUUAACUCAUAUUUUACAAACAAUACCAAUCCACAUCCUGUAAUUGGGUUCAAUUUUACUCUAGAAUUCAACAUUGUGUACUUCAGAGAUCUAUUAUAAGAAGAUGAAGAAGUUCUAGUUGCUUUUAGAUUAAAGUAAACUCAACAGAUAGUCAAAAUUCUAUAAUCUCCAAUAAAGUCUGAGGAAUUUAGUACAGUUGUUUAGGAUAACCGUUAGAAAUUUAUCCUGCACGAUUACUCAAACAUCUAUAGAAAGAAACCCAGAAUAAUGAGGGACUACUAUAUUUUAAUUACUCCUACUCUUGGGAGAUUCUUCUUGACAAGGGAAGAUACUAAUGACACAGAAAUCAUAAAUAUUGAUUCCCUUCAUUUUGAAUUAUCGUCAAACAAUGUGAUAUUUGAAGAUAGACAGGUUACUUCACAAAUCUAAUCUACAGAUUAACAAUAAAUGUUGCAAUAUUAUCCUCUAAGAGAAGAAUUUUAAUUCCUGGUAGAGCAAGAAUAAGUCAGCUCUUAAAGAAAAGAUGACACUAUUCAUCUGUAUUACCAAGUAUCAGGUAGUGAGUAUGAAACUGUCCUGCUAUAUCAAAUAUACUAGAUAAUUGUCAAUGAUCCAUCUUAGAACUUCAAAAUUCAUGUUAUCGAAAACCUAUUUAUCAGUCCAUUCUUUAGAGAGAGUCUCAUUAAGCUUGCAAAUGAACUAGAUUUUGACUACUCAUUUUUCACAUUCGAAUGGCCUUGGAGUAUAAUCUUUAGACCAAGAUUAAUUUAUCAAGAGAAUGUAAUUUUUAGAAUACUUUUCUCAGAUUAAAUGUUUGACCAUAAAAUAAAGAGGAUAAUAUAUAAAGAUGCCGAUUAAUGCUUAAAUCCAGGGGCUGACUUUCAAGAAUUAAGAGAUUUUGAUUUACAAGAAAGUCCAUUAGGAAUGGCUAAGCAUGGCCAAGAUAGCCUUCAUAAAUAUUUAAUGAUAAGAAGUUAAGAAUUAAGCUAAUAUAAUCCUUAGCUAGUGAAUCAAACUACCUAUCAUUGUGGUGGAAUUAUCGUCAAAGAUUUAAGAAGACUUAAUGAUUUUGAUCAUCUGGAGCAGGUUAGACACUACUACAAUAAUAGUCUUCGAGAUGGUUUACUUACUUUUAAUAUCAAUGAUUAAGACUUAAUACAUUAUUCUCAGCACCUAAUGCCAAUUACUGAACUGCCAUGGUACUGGAUAUAUUCUCAUGAAAUGUAUGGAAAAAGAUCAAAAAUUAAUGCUAAAAACAUUGACAUGUAUGGUACAGUUAAAUUAGGACUAGAGCAUGGUCAAGCGCUUACUAAAUUUGAACUAGCUCAGGACAAAUGCUAUUUUUAUGCAAAGUAUUACAGUGAUCUUGACUUGCUUUUGAAUAAAGAGAAGUUUAUUAUAAAAUAAAUUGAUAGAACAAAUAGUUGGGAAAAUCUAUUCCAACCUAUUGUAUAUAAGUUAUAGCCAGACAUAUUUAUAAACUUGUUUAUGAUAUACGAGCAAGACUUUAUAAAUAAUUUUCUUGAUAUAAAAAUGCUUGAUUAUAUGGUGGGAAGUAGUAUUUAUGUUUACAACUCAAGUUUCUCACUUUUAUUUGAAAAUUUAGACGAUCGGAUUAAUCAUAGUGUAUUUGAUUAUAGAAGAGAUUAACUAACUUUUUCGAUUUCGAAUGAUAAUUUGAAAUUACAUGGAAGUGGAGUAAUUGAAAAUGUAAAAUAAAAAUAUGAAAAGAAAUCCCCUUAAAAUUUCUAAUUUACAGCCAUUAUAAAGAAUUUUCAAAUAAAUUUUACAAUAGCGAUGUCUGAGUUAAAGCUGCUAAGAAAUGCUUAUUUAAUAGUCCAAAAUAUCACUUAUGAUAUAAGCAGUAUUGACAUUUAAUCUAAUGAUGAUAUAAAGAUUGAAAACAAUAGCAUAAUUUCUUAAAUGCUUCGUGAAAUUUUGAAGUCUAAGAUUUAAACAAGCCUCAAUAAAGUAAUACUUGGUAACACUGUUUUUACAAAAGGAUUUUAUAUGGAAUAAUUUCAAUAAGUUAUCGACUAUUUUUUCAAUUCCUACAAGUAAAGAGUCUACAAUUUCGAAUAAAAAUAUAACCAAAAUAGUUUAAGUAAUGAUGAUAUCAUUUUAAUUGGCAUUAAUUUUGAAGACUAUAAGAAACCCCACUUGAAACAUGAUCUAAUAUUAUAGGAUAUUCAAAAGCCAGAAAAUAAAAAAUUGGAAUUGAUAUUUUCAGGAUUGUUUUGCAAUGAUAAAGAAAUAAUAAAGCAUCUUGGAAUUAGAGAUUAAAAACUUCUCAAUAAAAAAUAAGAAUUUUUCAACAACAAAGAUACAUUUUAUUUUAGGAAUGAUAAUCUUUUGACAACUCACAAUCUCCUAAAGAUAUUACCUAAUAUUGCCUAGCAAUUAGAUGAACCUAAAUUAGUUAGACUCACUUAUUCCUAUAUGAUUCCGGAAAUAGAGAUCAAUAAUCCAUUCGGGAUCUUUUUAGAUGAAAAUCAAACUUUGUUAUUGAAUUUACCAUUCGAUUUCAGAAUUAGACAUUAGAAGUAGCUAGGAUAUUGGUCUUAGCUUAGGAAUUACAGAAUAGUAUUCUCCUUGAAUAUAAAAUAGCAAGAAAAACAAAACAAUAAUUAGAUCAACAAUUUCAGCAUCUAAGUUAAACUUAACCAACUUAAUGUUACCCAUUAUGUAGAAGUGAUAGAUGAUGAAAUUAAAUUACUAGAGGCUAAAGUUUCCAGUGCUCUUGAACUACUUAAUGAUCAACUCUCAUAAAACAAUAAUGAUUUUAUGUUUUUUUUCAAAAAAAUUACAUAGAUGGAAGACUUUGAGUUAGCUAUCUAAGAGUAAAACGAUUACUUUUAGCUCAAUGUCUAUGGAUCAGUAAAAUAGUAGAAAAUAAAGAAGAGGGCUAUGAAAGAUUUGAAGAAGUCUGGAAGAAUAUAAACUAGAUUUUUGGAGUAUAACUAAAAGAAUUAGUAUUGA